GGUUGAUUGAGUAGUAAACCAAUCUUGAUAAUUGACCCAAGUCUCAAAAUGAAGGCUUUGGUAUUUCUGUAUCUUCUGGCCUUUGGGUUUUGGACCUUAGGUGCCACGGCUGAUCAUAUGGAUGGUGAAGAGACUGAGUCUCCUCAUGGAGAUCAGGGUGAUUAUCAUCAGCAGUACCAGGGUCUAAGCUUCGAUUACUACAGCAGUACGUGUCCCCAAGCUGAGACUCUUAUUGCUGAAACGCUGAAGGAUAUAGUAAGCAAGGACAUAAGAGUUCCUGCUAGGAUGAUAAGGAUGCAUUUCCAUGACUGCUUUGUGAGGGGCUGUGAUGGAUCAAUUCUGCUAGACUCUACUCCAGGAAAUAAAGCUGAGAAAGAUGCACCCCCAAACAAUCCUAGUCUUCAAGGCUUUGAAGUGAUUGAUAAACUUAAAGCAGUUCUGGAAAAUAACUGCCCUGGAGUUGUGUCAUGCGCAGAUAUCCUGGCAUAUGCAGCUAGAGAAAGUGUUUAUCUGGCCGGUGUCGAUCGUUACAGGAUUCGGGGAGGUCGAAAAGAUGGCAGAGUCUCAAAGGACACGGAUGCUCUUGCCAACCUCUUACCUCCUUUUGCACAAGUUAGCACGCUUAUACAGGGUUAUGCUGCAAAAGGCCUCUCGGUUCAGGAUAUGGUCACCCUCUCAGGAGCUCAUACUGUAGGAGUUUCGCAUUGUUCUUCGAUCGUUGGGAGACAAGCUAACUUCAGCAAUACUGGAAAGCCUGAUCCCACCCUUGACCCCCAUCUGGCCUCCGUACUAAGGGUUGAAUGCCAGAGUAACAAUGGGUCUGAUAAUAUAGUUGUGAUGGACAGAUUCACACCACUGGUUCUAGACAAUAAAUAUUAUGUUGGUUUACUGCAAAACAAAGGGUUGUUUACAUCCGACCAAACGUUGCUCACCAUUGAAGUUACAAGGAAUGAAGUAAUGGAGAAUGCAUAUAAGCCAGGUGUUUGGGAGCAGAAGUUUAUUGCUUCAAUGAUUAAGAUGGGAGAGAUUGAGGUUCUAACAGGGAAUCAAGGAGAGGUUAGAAAGGUGUGCAGCCGUGUCAACUAGCUUAGUUGUUUCCUGCGGAUUGAAGAAGAGUUCCAAAAUAAUGGGAAAUAAAUAAAUAAUUUUUUUUUUUUUGUGAUGAGUCAUCAAGAUAUCAAGAAUAUGUUUGUUUUGUUGAUAAUAAGUUUGUUAAUUGGGCUGUCUGUUUCUCAAAGUGAAUAAGCGAUUAUUGGUUUGUAUUUCACAGUUUUGAAAA